AUGGGGUGCACGCAGUCGAGAAGCCUCCUCACCGCGGCCUCGAGGGCGCCGCGCUCGCUGUCUGAGGCGAAGAAAAAGUCGACGAAGUCGCCUCAGCUGAGACCGGCCUCCUCUCGUGAAAGUGUCCCUUGCCCGUCUAGAGAGCCCUCUAAAAGCAACGGAGAACUCAAAGGCGUGAGUGCACGUCGGGGCUCUCUUCCACCAGGCAGCGAAGAUCGGCCCAGCGUGCCGUCGCAGGCUUUGCAGGCGUCUCCGCCUCCUUGUCCGCGCAACGAGGAGAAUGAAGAGCCGCAAGCUGCGCCGCCUCUCAACCAGAGAGACAAGCCGGGAAAGCAGAGGACAGACAGCGACGCACAUGCAACUGAUGGGGCAGAACACGACGGUGUCUCCGUCAAAAUGGAGGGAGAAGACGAACAGGAAGCGCAGAACGUAGAGAAGAUUGUACCGGAAUCAAGGAUCUCGCGCUCUGCUCGCGCAGCCGUGCCUUCGCCCUGCCGAGCUCCCUCAUCUCCGCCUCCGGCGGGCGCCUCCGCGCCGGGUUCUGAGGGUCCCUCGCGCGCCGCCACGCACGCCUCCGCGUUCUCUGCGGCGCCUCGCUGGCUCGCCUUUUCUUCGCCGACGCGGAGAAAGAAGCUGGAGAAAGAGCGCGUGAAGGGACGCCUCGCGGCCCGUCGCAGAUCCGGGAAGAACGGGGCUGCGCCGGCUUUCCAGAGUCACCCUUUCCGUGACCAUUUCCGCAGAAGGAAGGGCAUGCGCAACAAGCGGAGUGCCGCGCAGCUGUCGGCUGUCGACUCGCCGUCCGCCCCUCCUCUCGCCAGCGAUGCCUCGAAAAGCAGUCCCUUCUCAUUCGCUGGCCAGGCACUCAAAUCCCCGCCCGUCGCCUCUCGCGACGCACAUCACACUCGCUGCCCUCGGUGCGGCCGCGACCUCCCGGCGCCCGACAGUCCCUUCUCGCUGCUUGGUGCCGAACGCGGUCCCGACCCGCUGUCUCCUUCUGGGGCGUCUCCGGGCGAAGGCGAGAGACUGCCGCAGCCCGCCGACCAGGUGUCGCCAGAUACGCCGGGACGCGAGUGCGGCGCCGCCGCUCGUAGCACCCACUCUACAGACCCCUUCAGUCGGCCUCUCUCGCUUGCAGCUGGACCGGCGCUGGGGAACCAGCCGCUCUCGACGAAGCGGCACCGGCCCUACUUCGACCGCGUUCGCCUCAAUGGGGCGAGUGGAGCCCAAGCCUCGGCGCUGCGGUUCGGGGGCGAGACGCCCGUAGCCUUUGGCGGGGGGACGUUCACCGGAGGCAGGACGCCUCCGGCAGGGAAAAUGCAUGCAAAGGGCAAGCAGGGGCGGCCGCUUGCCCACCGGGACACUUCGGAUCCAAAGACGCACGAAACUCGGGGCGCGACGACCCCAGUCUUCAACACAGUCUCCACCGCCGACGUGUCCCCUCCACGAGAUGGGCCGCGGUCGCCGUCGCACGCAAACGGAAAGGAAAGUCAAGAGCGGCCGUGCUGCAAAUGUGGGUGGCCGGGGCCUCAGGCCUCGCCUGUAGCCGCCUCGCCUCGAGCUCGCGCCAGGAGCUCGCGCCGUGCCACGGAGUCCCGGGGAAGCGCCCCCGCCCCGAAUGCGGGCCGACACACGCAAAAGGGACCUGAAGAAGACGCGUCUGGUUCAGACCUAAGUGUGCCGCCAGAGUUCGUGAUGGCGGGCCCCCUUUCGUUCUUCAACUCACUCACGCACACGCCUCUCUUUACCAGUCGCAUCAAAACGAAACUUAAACUGGAGCAAGUCUACGACGUUAGCAAUCACGUCCUUGGAACAGGGAUUAGUGGAGCUGUGAGGACUGCCCAGCACCGGCAGAGCGGACGGCAAGUUGCAGUCAAGACUCUGUGUCUCUCUUCGAUGGCCCCCAAAAGGACGCUGAUGCUGUACAACGAAGUCGCGAUUUAUCUCCAAGUGGACCACCCAAAUAUUUGCAAGUUGCUGGAAGUCUUCGUCGAUGACGGUGAGGACAAGGCGAACUCAGAGCCGCUCCGAUCGGGCCAAGGCGAGAAAGGGAGAGGCGUAGAUGGAGAAGAGCGAGGGUCAGGAGGGGAGACCCGGCCUGCGGCGCUGAGUGCUGCGCAUGCACGUGGACAAAACGAGAACGACCAGCGUUGUGAAGAGACGCCCCAGGUUGCAGCGCACGAAGGCCUCUCGAGGAACGAAGAGCUGGACGAAAAGGAAGAGAGGAAAGAGAGACGAGAGAGUUGCGUGUCGAGGGCGUCGCUAGCCUCCGAGGAGCGAGGACAUAAACGCAUUCAUCUGGUGAUGGAAUUGUGCACCGGCAAAGAACUGUAUGAUCGUCUUGCAAGAAAGAAGAGAUACAGCGAAAAAGACGCAGGGCGCGUAACGCGUCAAAUGCUCUCGGCCAUCAACUACUGCCACCAGAGACACAUUUGCCAUAGAGACCUCAAACUGGAGAACUGGGUCUUUCGAGACGACAGCGAUGACGCGCCUUUGAAGCUGUCGCUGCCCCAAGUGUGUCGCAGCCCGUCGUUUCUCCGGGUUUUUCCUCAAAUCGACUUUGGCUUCAGUCGCAUCUUCCAUCCCGGGGUCAGGAUGACGGCCAUGCACGGCACCGUCUACUACGUCGCUCCAGAAGUGAUGGACGGGAAGUACAACGAAAAAUGCGACCUGUGGAGUAUAGGCGUUAUCGUGUACAUGCUUCUGAGCGGCAGCCCACCGUUCACAGGUCAUGGAGACCAAGAAAUUCUCAUCAAAAUUCGCAGGCGAAAUCCAGACGAACGCCCCUCGGCCGAGGAAGCGCUGAAGCACCCGUGGCUGGUCGCUGCGGAGAAAGAGGCUCUUGCCGACACUGAAAUCAGCGUGAGCGUCCUGAAGAGCAUGCAACGCUUUGCAGCUUGCUCGGCGAUCAAACGCGCUUCUCUCGCCCUCAUCGCUAUGUCGAUGGAGGCAGAACAACUCGACGAUCUGGAGCGCCUCUUCCGGAAAAUUGACAUCGACAACAGCGGCUGUAUUAAGAUGGAUCGAAUGGUAGCGGUUCUGGUGACCUUUCUUGACGUUCCCCGAGAUGAAGCCCUUCGCAUUUUUCGGCGCAUCGAUCAGACAGGGGCAGAGGAGAUUAACUACAGCGAGUUCUUAGCUGCGACGCUUCAGACGCGCAUUGCUCUCAACCAACAGCUCAUUCGAGAGGCAUUUGAACGAUUCGAUGUCGACAACAGCGGCCACAUCAGCUUAGACAACCUUCGGUAUGUGCUCGGAGACAGUUAUGACAGCUUAUCUGUUGAGGAGAUUCUGCGGCAAUGCGACCGGAAACAAAACGGCGUCAUUGACUUCGAUGAGUUCAUGCUUGCUCUGACUGGAGAUGAAGCAGGCGUCCUUGAGAGCAGCAACUCGAAGGAGCUUGUAGCUCAAGGAGCAGCCCUAACAGCUCAAUUGAGCCGCAACAUGAGCGAGCUGGCGGACGCCGUACUCGCAAAGCGCUUCACCGAUUGUUCCGCCUCCGCGGACUUGCGAGCGACGGGAGCAGAGCGGACAUGCCCGCCACCAAAUUGUUCCAUCGGCGCGGCAACUUGA